AUUCCCUACUUUUUCUCUUAGUGUCCAAAGGAUAUAUCCACAGGCAUGUUUGCCCGUCUUUGUAGGCGCUUUGGGAGAGUUGAUGUUGAUAGAGAAGAGUCUAGAGUGAAGCAAACGAAACCUAAAAGUAAUGAUGGACACAGGACAUGGGGAAUGUGGAAGGCCUGCAGACAGACGUCAUCCCCUGAAAAUGUCCUAAACAAGGUGCAGGCCAACGAGGGAGAGGAGAGGCUGAAUAGAGAACUGGAGCUAACUACCAAGGAGAGAAAUGAGCUGACAGAUCGCCUCCUUUAUGUGACAGGUGGAUCCAUGAGCAAGAGCCCCUACUUCAGGCCAAAUCCAUUUUAUGAAAACUUGAAGAUAAAGGAGAAAGAGGUCAUGUCAUUACUGCACAACUUAGACACAAAGAACAUUGAACAUCAUGAGAAAUUUCAGGAGCUCAAGAAGGAGAUUAACUUCUAUCGCAACCUGCACAGCCGGCUCCUGAUGGACCAGGCAUGUAUGAAGAAGAAGUUGGUCACAUUGAAGCAGGAGAGCAAGGAGUUACAGCGAUAUUUGUUUGAGUUGAACCCGAAUAAUGAAGACGAACAGGAGAAGACCAGCAACCUCCAGACCCAGCAAAAUGUGGUAGGAACAAGCAGCUGAGUCAGAUUAACAAUGUCUGAUACCAUUUGCCUAUUGGAUACAACUUUGUUUCCCCUAUCAUCUUUCUAAUCUCCCCACACCCAGUCAGUCACCCACCUCAUGUGAUAGAGUUAUUCAUUGCUCUGUCUAUGCACAAGUAUUCUGGGAUGUUAACCACUCUUCAGAAACUGAAUUAUGGGCAAUUAUACUUCUCUGCCCUUUUUGAAACUGCAGUCCAGAAAUGGUGACAGAGGAAUAACAUAUCACAUGACUGCAUCUCCCUAUCACAGAUUGGAUGCUAUGAAGAGUUUUGAACGAGUUCUUGGUCGUGUGACAAAGGUCAUGCAGGGGUCAUGUGAUGGUUGGAAGCACCUUGUAGGGAUAAGAACCAAGUGCAAAUGGCAAAUGAGUCCUGGUCAUUGGCUUUGCUCUGGGUAUCAUGUGGCCUUCUCCUUUCUUCCUGCACCCCAAUUAGGUCUCUCCCCAUUUCCCCAUUCUUGGUUUGCACUGGUAGAGUCUGAGGAGCAGCUUGUUCUCCCACAGUACUGUGAGGGUUGCUGGUGAUGUUCCCCAGCCUGCAUAGAUAUCAGCAAUGAUUUCAGUGAAAAGAUCAGUGCUGUCUGUCCAAUGCAGCUGAGGGGACAGAAGGCAGCAACUUGACAGCUGGUAUGGGUGUCCCCACCAAAUCCGUGUCUUAAUAGCUGCCUUCUCCUCCCAGGUCUCAGGAACUGCAGGAGACAUGGCAUAGGACGGAUCCCAGGAAGACAGCCCCCUGAGGAAUGAGUUUCUCUCUCAGGAGUUCCCUGUGACGACAAUCCUCACAGUCAAAUACUUUUUUUGGGUGAAUAUUCUUCUUCUCAGAUAAUUUCCUCAAUGUUUAGAGACCCUACAUUUAUGUAUCCGUAUGCCAGCCUGUCUGGUUGAGGUCUUUCUCCUUUCUCAUACCGACAACACCAUUUGAGAGACAUCUGAGGGGACUGCUUGAUGUCUUGUCCUAGAGGAGAAACAGCACUACAACUGUGUUUCUAAAUGUUCAUUAAGAAAAUGCUGUUAAGAAAUGUUUUUGGUUAUGAUUUUCAUUGAAGUUUUCUUUUUGUUAUUUCAUAGUUAUAUAUUCUUGUUACUGUUUUUCAUUUUUAUACCAUUUUAGUUGUUCAUUUUAUGCCUGUUUUUUGUAAAUUGUAUUCCUUAUGAAUAAAAAUUGAUUUGUAA